CGGCGGCCCGUUAUGAGCGGACCCAUUCUACGUCACUUCCUCCCCACGUGAGUUACGCAUACAUGUGAGGAGCUGAAGUAGUUCUUCGAAUUACAAGCACAUAAAGUAGUCAUAUUUUGGAUCUUAUGGUUAUCGAAACCAGAAACAUGGAACCAGUAGAGGAGGAUGAACAGUUCGGCCUGGACUCCGACGAAGAAAAGAGCGAUUUAUCAGACAAUGAGCUCCAAGAAGCAUUUGCCAAAGGGUUGUUGAAACCAGGAAUGAACUUUAUGGUUAGCGCACCUAAAAAGUUUGUCAACAAUGUGGCCGGCUUGAAGCAGUGCCUAGCCGACUUCCGUAAAAGUCUUCCCUGGGUGGAGAGGUUGGAUAGGACCAAUCUGCCAGUGGAGGACAUUAUUACCAAGGCUGAAGGAAAAGUACCGACACCGAACAACGGAGACGUUAAUGCAGAUGAUGACUUCCAGAGGGAGAUGUUCUUCUACCGUCAGGCUCAGGCCACAGUCCUUGAUGCACUGCCGCUGUUAAACAAACAUGGAAUCUCCACCAAACGACCUGAUGAUUAUUUUGCAGAGAUGGCCAAGUCAGAUCAGCACAUGCAGAAGAUCAGGAAAAAGCUCAUUUCAAAGCAGAUGAUACUGGAAAAAUCCGAAAAGGCCAAGAAACUGCGAGAGCAGAGGAAGUUCGGCAAAAAGGUCCAAAUAGAAGUGUUACAGAAGAGACAGAAGGAGAAGAAGGCCAUGAUGACGGCGGUGAAGAAAUAUCAGAAAGGAAUGUCAGACAAACUGGACUUCCUGGAAGGAGACAAGAAAACUCCUGGGAAAGCCUCUCAGGCUUUGAAGAAAGGAGGGAACAAGAAGGGCCCCCUGAAUAAUAAGAGGAAGUACAAGGACCAAAAGUUUGGCUUUGGAGGCAAAAAGAGUGGACAGAAGUGGAACACCAAAGACAGCUUCAACGACGUCUCCAGCUUCAAAGCCAGGGUGGCUCACGCUAAAGGAGGCAAAGGAGGGAAGAAAGGCAAAGGAGGAAAACAAAACAAACGUCCAGGAAAAUCUGUACGAAAGAAGAUGAAGGGGCGCUCAUAAAAAAAAAAGAACAAAGAACUGAACUAAAACCUCUUAAAUAAGUUUGGAUGAAAAUUGAAACAGUUCUAAUUCCCCGUGAGAUAAAGAGGAGACAAGAGUGGAGUGUUUGGAGCUUCAUGACGACAAAUUUGUUCAGAUUUAUUCCAUGGAAACUGAAGAAUCCGUGUCCUUUGUCUUUGAAGAGACAACAUCUUUCCUUCGUGUACAUCGUGUGUACGCUUUGGAGUAUUCUGGGUUUUUUUCCUGCUUUUCACCCUGUUUCACCAUCCAUUGAUUCUCCACUGACCUGUGAGCUGCUGUCAGGGUCUUCUUGUGUUUUUGUAUCAUAAGAAUGUGAUGAGAGAGAGUACUUUGUAUAAACCUGUGUAUCAGUUUUAGUGAAUACAUUGUUUAAAAAAAAAA